GGCUGUCCAGAAAUUAUCCCCACUGGAGAGAUUCUAAUCCCUGUUGGGGUGGUUCAGCCAAUCACCCUGAAAGCUAAAAACCUCCCACAGCCUCAGUCCGGACAGAAGAAUUAUGAGUGCGUUUUCACCAUCCAGGGAAAGCAGCAGCGCGUCCCAGCUGUACGAUUCAAUAGCAGCAGCGUGCAGUGUCAGAAUACCUCGUACACUUAUGAAGGGAACGAGUCUGGAGAUCUGUCUGUUGACUUUUCUAUUGUAUGGGAUGGUCACUUUUACAUUGAUAAACCAUCCACAUUCAAAGCUCUCCUGUAUAAGUGUCCAGCUCAGCGAGAGAGCUGCGGUCUCUGUCUGAAGGCAGACCCCCGUUUUGAGUGUGGUUGGUGUGCGUCAGACGGAAGAUGCCUUUUACGUCAGUACUGCAACAACCCGAAGAGUAACUGGAUGCAUUUAAGCAAAAAGAAUACCCGAUGUAGACACCCUUUGAUUUCUGAGAUUCAGCCUCUGACGGGCCCACGUGAGGGAGGUACAAGAAUCACUAUUACUGGAGCCAACUUGGGCUUACAUUUCAAUGAAGUGUUUGUGAAGGUGGCUGGCGUGCAGUGCACAUCGGUAGUCGCCCAAUACAUCAGCGCUGAGAGCGUUCGCCGCGCUGACCGCCUCAGGCCGCCCACAGCAGAACGCUAUUUUGCAGUCAAGUGA